GAGGGCCGGGGCCGAUGGGCGGCGCCUGGAGUGGCCCGAGGUGGCCUGGCUGCCGGGUUGCAAUCCGCGCAGUCCGACUGAUCCCGUCCCGGGUAUGGCGUCCCCACGAGAAUUGACCCAGAACCCCUUGAAGAAGAUCUGGAUGCCCUACAGCAAUGGGCGACCCGCUCUGCACGCCUGCCAGCGCGGUGUUUGCAUGACCAACUGUCCAACGCUCAUUGUCAUGGUAGGGCUGCCCGCCAGGGGCAAGACCUACAUCUCCAAGAAGCUGACUCGCUACCUGAACUGGAUUGGCGUGCCCACGCGUGAAUUCAAUGUUGGCCAGUAUCGCCGGGACAUGGUCAAGACAUACAAGUCUUUUGAGUUUUUCCUUCCAGACAAUGAAGAGGGCCUGAAAAUCAGGAAGCAGUGCGCCCUGGCGGCCCUCCGUGAUGUCCGGCGGUUCCUUAGUGAGGAGGGGGGACAUGUGGCGGUUUUCGAUGCAACGAAUACCACUCGAGAACGGAGAGCAACCAUCUUUAAUUUUGGGGAACAGAACGGCUACAAGACCUUUUUUGUGGAGUCCAUCUGUGUGGAUCCUGAGGUCAUAGCCGCCAACAUCGUGCAAGUGAAACUCGGCAGCCCUGAUUAUGUGAACCAUGGUAGUGAUGAGGCCACGGAGGAUUUCAUGAGGCGCAUCGAGUGCUAUAAGAACUCAUACGAGUCUUUGGAUGAGGACCUGGACAGGGAUCUGUCCUAUAUCAAGAUCAUGGAUGUGGGGCAGAGUUAUGUGGUGAACCGUGUGGCUGACCACAUCCAGAGCCGUAUCGUGUAUUACCUCAUGAACAUCCACGUGACCCCCCGCUCCAUCUACCUCUGCCGGCAUGGGGAGAGUGAGCUCAACCUCAAGGGCCGGAUUGGUGGGGACCCAGGACUGUCCCCUCGGGGCAGGGAGUUUGCCAAGAGUCUGGCCCAGUUCAUCAGUGACCAGAACAUCAAGGACCUGAAGGUCUGGACGAGCCAGAUGAAGAGGACAAUCCAGACAGCCGAGGCCCUGGGUGUGCCUUAUGAACAGUGGAAGGUCCUCAAUGAGAUCGAUGCGGGCGUCUGUGAGGAAAUGACCUACGAGGAAAUUCAGGACCAUUAUCCACUGGAGUUUGCCCUGCGGGACCAGGACAAGUACCGGUACCGGUACCCCAAGGGGGAGGCUGGCUCCUGCUUCAGCCCAGGCCCCAGGUCAGAAAUAGAUACUCCCAGAUACUCCAGUAUCUCCCACUUCCAAGAGGUGGCCCGGGGCAGUGGCCAAAUAAAGUCUUACGAGGACCUGGUCCAGCGGCUUGAGCCUGUCAUCAUGGAGCUGGAGAGGCAAGAGAAUGUGCUGGUCAUCUGCCACCAGGCUGUGAUGCGUUGCCUCCUGGCCUACUUCCUGGACAAGGCAGCAGAACAGCUGCCCUACCUCAAGUGUCCACUGCACACCGUCCUGAAGCUGACCCCUGUGGCUUACGGUUGUAAAGUGGAGUCAAUAUUCCUGAACGUGAUGGCUGUGAACACGCACCGGGACAGGCCUCAGGUCCCAGGUGAAGGCAUGUGCAGAGGAAAGCCCAGAAGGCACUGGGCCCCAGCACUGACUGACAGGGUGAUGGUCGAUGAUGAAUGUAGACAUCUCAAGGCCUCCGGAGGAAGCCCUCGUCACGGUCCCUGCCCACCAGUGACCAUGUCUCAUCCACUGUGACCCCCAGGCAGGUACUGAUCUCUGCAGAUGACGUUACUACAGGCGCCCUGGUCCAUGUGAUCGUUUCUAUGCUGGAACAUCCUCAACAUCACACCUGGCUGGUGGCGCCCAGAGCUGCCGCAACAGCCCACCUGCUUCCUUGUUAAUGACGACAGGGUUUUUCGUGGUGCCCGACCUGCUGCUAAGAAUCACUUGGCCACACUGCGUCUGCCCUGGGCUGGUGAGAGGUUUCCUGGCAACCCAGUCCUUCUGUUGCAGCUGUGAGGUGUCCUCUCACUGGUUAGUUGGCUUUGUAAAGUGUGUAACCCUAAACAUGGAACAGAAAGCACUUGCUGUGGUAAUCCCGCCAUGGCCGAGCUGUCUGAGGUGGACCUGGGGGCCCGCUGCAGGGGCUCCGCCACUCUGUGGCCACUUCCUGAGCCAGAGGCAAGGUCUUCAUGGUGACCUGAGCUCCGCUGCCUUGGGUGAGAGGGAGAGCUCUUCCCAUCCUGCCCUGCCUUGACCCAUAGAGCCACCAAGGCAGGCGCCUCCACUGGCUAGGCCACUUGUGAGAGCAGUGUGCUCACUUCAACACGACAUGAUGCACAGAACACGCACAGAGCACAGCCUUUGUGGUCCCUGCUUCUCAGUUGCACACACACUGGAACACUGGUGGGAGCUGAUGGCCAUGGCCACCCCUGCCCACCUGCUGCACAGUGAAAGCACGUAAAGACAGGGCGAUUGUGUGAGUUCUUCCCAGUGCACACCCACGUGCUUGAGGGAGGGGCUGCUGUCCCUUCUCCCCUCCUGGCCCUGCCCACUAGGCUACCUCUAUCCCGUUGCUGCCUGUGUCCACACAGGAGUGAACCCUGGUGGCUGAGACGUGCAUUUGCUGUGAAUGAUUCAGAGAAAAAAAGCCCGUCCUGGCAUUCACUGACUUCCACCUGUGGGACUGGGCGGAAGCCUGAGGCUCCCUGUCCAGGGGAAGAUUUUCCCCGCCAUGUCACAGAUUUUGAUUCAUGUGCACGGGAGCCUGGCAGAAAACAACCUCGGAAGGCUACCAUCUGUCAUGCCCCUGAGUUCUUUUGAGCCCAAAGAGGCAGGCUGGGCAGUGGGUUUGGGCUCCACUGUAUAGCUGGGCAGGAAGCCUGGCCAGCAAGUCGUGAGGCUGGGUAAGGGCAUGUCUGGAUCUGUAGUUGGACACCCUGCCUUGCACAGGACCCAGGAUCCCGAGUCCACCUUGUACCUGGAACCUUCCCUGGCAAAACAACCUACCUUUCCCAGCCUCCCGGGGCUUUGCUGCCUGCAAGCGCCACUUGCCCCUGAGGGAAGUGUGUGUCCCUGCCCUAGCUGGAGGUCUCUCAGCCUGGGGUGCUGCAGUGGCUGUGCACAGACUCGGUGGAGGGCUGGGGCAGGAUCUUCUGGACUUACCUCCUGCCAGAGCCCCAAGCCCUGAACCCACGACCAGAGGACCAUGCCCCUACCUUUGGGGCAUGGGGACUGCAGAGUUUUGGUGACUUGGUCCUUUGGACACACUCACUAUUCGGCCACAGUGGGUCUCUGGUUAGUGGCACUUACAUCUGGAUGUCCCCACCUCGCCAGGACCUCAGGCUGGCUGAGGCACGACCAACAAUGCCUUUUCUCUGUGCCCAGAGGGCAGUCAGGAGCUGCUGGACCUGAAGUGUCACAAGGCCUGGGAUAAGGCAGAAGGAAGCCUGGGAGCUUGGCGUGGGUUGGGGCUUCUCUCUCCGCCUCUGCCCUGGAGUGGUCUCUGCAUGGUCAGCAACCCACUGGGUUGGCCACUGGGUUCUAGUCAUGCUGGUGGAUGUGCUUGUGUUGAAGACACUUUCCCGUUCUCCCCAGAAUGGGUGUUGUUGGAUCUCAGCCACAUAUCACACUGUGUCCAGCAUUCUUUGCAAUAAAUACUCUUUAAAAAAAAAUUGGGGCACCUGGCUGGCUUAGUCAGUAGAGCGCGUAGCUCUUGAU